UUGCGAAGCGUUGCGCACUCGAGGACCGACAUAUGAUAAAGAAAAUCGGAUUAUCCAAAAAUCAGAAAAAUCAGAUUAUCCUUAACAAGUGUAUUCAGUGAAUUGUGCUGAACCGAAAAGGAUAAUAUCUCUAUACAUAUCUAUAUAUAAAUCCAAAAUGCCUUUUAAGAAAAAACUAUCUUUUGAUGCCAAUGGGGAUGGCGAGGUCAAGUAUACGGAAAAGAAUGGCGACGACUGCUACGAGCUCUCGCACAGCCUCGAGAUGGACAUGCAGAGCCGUUACAGUGCCCCAAAGCAAGCGCAUUGGCUGCUGCGUCGCAUUUUCAUACUCACCUGGAUACGCAGCUACGAUCGAUCGCAGGCCUUCGCGGAUCUUAUAGCGGGCAUUACGCUCGGCCUGACCAUCAUACCGCAGAGCAUUGCCUACGCGGCGCUGGCGGGCCUCUCCUCGGAGUACGGCCUGUACUCGGCCUUCAUUGGCUCCAUUAUCUAUGUGUUCUUUGGCACCAUACCGCAGGUGUCCAUCGGCCCCACCAGCCUGAUGGCCAUCAUGACGCUGCAGUUCUGCGCGGACAAGCCCGUGCAGAUAGUCAUCGUGCUGGCCUUUCUGGCUGGAUUUGUGGAGCUGCUCAUGGGCGUCUUUCAGCUGGGCUUCAUAGUCAGCUUCAUACCGGCGCCCGUGACCAAGGCCUUUACGUCCGGCACCGCUGUCAUUGUGGUGCUGGCGCAGAUCAAGAGUCUGCUCGGCAUUCGCCUGAAGAAGGUGCCCUCGAUCGGAGACUACUUCACCAAUAUUCACUUGUCGGACGCCAUUCUGGGCAUCACGUGCAUUUGCCUGCUGCUCGCACUGCGGCUGUUGUCCCAGGUCAAGUUUAAGCAGGAUACGCCGCUGACGCAGCGCCUGAAGAAGGUGCUCUGGUACAUCAGCAUCUCGCGCAAUGCCCUGAUUGUCUUCUUCAGCGGUCUGAUGGUUUACAUAUGGGUGCACAAGAGCUCAAUGGAGGCAGUGCCCUUUGCGCUCUCCUCAAAGGUCGCCUCGGCCAUGCCCAGCAUCAAGUUGCCGCCCUUCGCCUUUGAGCAUCAGAAUCGCACCUAUGUCUUCACCGACAUCCUGCACGAGCUGGGCAGCGGCGUUAUUCUGGUGCCCAUUGUGGCUGUCCUGGCGAAUGUGGCCAUUGCCAAGGCCUUCGUCAAGGAUGGCAAACUGGAUGCCUCGCAGGAGAUGCUGACACUGGGCCUGUGCAAUCUGGCCGGCUCCUUCUUCAGCGCCAUGCCCACCUGCGGCGCCUUCACGCGCUCCGCCGUGAGUCAGGCGUCGGGCGUACGCACGCCCAUGGCUGGCAUCUACACGGGUCUCAUUGUGCUCUCCGCGCUGUCCAUUUUGACGCCCUACUUUCAGUACAUACCCAGAUCAUCACUGGCUGCUGUGCUCAUUGCAGCAGUCGUCUUUAUGAUUGACCUGACGCCCAUCAAGGAGCUGUGGCGCACCAACAAGAAGGACUUCUUCAGCUGGACGGGCAGUCUGGUCAUGUGCCUGGUCGCUGGCGUUGAGAUGGGCCUGCUCUUUGGCAUCGUGGUCAGCAUGAUUUGUAUCCUGCUGCGCCUGGGCAAUCCCCGCAUCGAGGUCAGCCUGAAGCAGUGGGAGUCGCAGUACUACGUGCAUAUUGAGCCGCAGUCGGAUAUUUUCUACACGGGCGUGGACAUGCUGCGCACGGAGAUUGUCGCCGCGUGUCAGCUGUAUCGCAACGAUUUUCCCAUUGUGGUGCAAUGCUCACGCUUCAUGCAGUUCGACGCGACCUUCGUGGAGAUGCUGAACGCCGUGGCCAAGGAGCUGGCCAACGACAAUGUGGUGCUGGUGCUGCAGCACAUGUCGCUCAAGCAGCAGCAGAUGCUGCCCGUCACCAGCAACAUACGGUUCUGCAACGAGGACCAGGAGCUCUUCCCCCAGGAGGCCAAACAGUAGUCAAACAUCUCCAAUAUCCAGCAUCCGCCUGGCGGUAUCUGGCCACGUGUGGCGCUGCCCAUGUUGACUCACGUCACAAUUUGUUUUUCUUUUUCUUAUUCUUCUUCUUUUGUUUUAUUUUUGUUUUUGUUUUCGUUUUAUUGCUCUAAUUGCUCUGGCGUCAGAGGUGUGUCCGUCCACCUGUGCCCGGUCGGCGCUGGCUCGCGUGCGCAUGUUGUUCAUAACUCUGCGCUUAUAUGAGCCGCCGUAUAGCAAUUUAGAUGUAUAAAUUAAAGUCAACCUCUGGCGUUUAUCGCAGCAGCCACUCAGCAAACAGAUCUACUACUUAAUAGCGCUUUAUUGCUUGAUUGUAUUCUGCUUAAAUACUCUACUCUCGGCUCAAGUGGACGCACACAAGCGAGCGUAGUUCCUUUUCUUACGUCAGCUGUGAAAUGCAAAUAAAUAAUAAAAAAUAAA